ACAGAAAUUAUUCUGCAUUUUGGUAUAUAAGUUUGACUACACGAGACUUGGCGCUUGGUGGGAUACACAGAUAAGCGAAGGCUUCUCUCCGUCCAAGGAGACAGAAAUCCACGAGCUAGAAGCGAAACAAGAGCUCACUUCCUCCAGGAAUUUUAGAAAUUUCCAACAUUUCCACCCAGUUUACAUCGAGAAAAAAAGAGCAGAAAACUGGACGUAAUUUGAAAAUUGUGGAGGAGCCUGAAAAACAGGAAAAGUGCGACAAGAACGAGAUCGAGCUUUGUUAAGGGGGAACUUCUGAGCAGACGGUGCCCUUUGACGGGAUGGAGGUCAACCAGAAAUUGGUGACACAACAGAAAAGUCUCGUCCCAACAACGGACAAAGUGGAGAAAGGGGAAAGUUCUCGAGAGCAUGGACGAUUUCCUCCUCACGCCCUCCAACCACUGCCAACAGCACGUGGCGAUAACCACGUGUCCUCGCCUUCAGCUAACAGCAGGUCAUCAAAAGUGAAGAAAUUCCCGCACACUGACACAAAGGGUAAGACGCCUGGUCGCCGCGGCGUGGAGAAAGUCUUCCCAUGCAAAAUAUGCCCACGACCCUUCGCCAACCGAACCAGUGCUCGCCUCCACGCCCGCACCCAUUUCAACCCCCAUGAGCUGAACCAGCCUUCAAUUUUCCACGGGAAGUGCCCCCACUGCGAGAAAGUGUUCUUCCAUCGUCGCGACUUUACCGACCACGUGGCUGCGCACGAAGGUCGGAAGAACCACGCCUGCCCCACCUGCAAAAAGGGCUUCACCCACAAAACAAAUAUGACCCGUCUUCUCUUCGUCCACCUGAGCCGCGAGGAGCGCGCGGAGGUGCGGCAGGGCUGGCGACACGGCUGCUACUUCUGCAGCAAACGGUUGAAAAGUCAUUCCCCCCUCCGUCGUCAUCUUCUGAGCCACCUCAGGGAAAAAGUGCUCUGGAGGUGCGACGUUUGUCGGAAAAUUCUCUCGUCCAAACCAGGCCUGACCAGCCAUCGGUUCACCCACCUCUCCGAAGACGAGAAGGUCGCCCUCGUGAAGCAGGGUUCGAGUCGCGUGUGCUUAUUUUGCCGUAAGAAAAUCCCCGAUAACCGCGCUUAUCAUGCCCACCUGAUCUCCCACACGAAAGAGAAACCUUUUCGGUGUGACCAGUGUGGGGCGUUGUUCGGUCGUAACGGUGCCUUAAAAUUGCACCAGCGCAGUCACAGCGAGGAUCCGCGACCCUUCAAGUGCACCGAGUGCGACGGGGCCUUCAGUCAAAAAGUAAAUCUGACCACCCACUAGUUGGGAGUUCACUGGCGGUUGAAGAACUUCGCCUGUCCCGAAUGCGACAAGAAGUUCGGGAGGAAGGAGCACAUGGUGCAGCAUGUGAACAAUGUUCAUGCCAAAAUCCGGCACCCCUGCCCCCACUGCGGGAAGACGCUCUCCAGCAAAACAAAUCUUCGAAAACAGAAAGAGGGUUCAGGUUCAUCCCUCCGAGUAAAGUCCUAAUUCAUCUGACCCCACGCCAAAUUACGACACGACACACUUCCCGUACUUUAUAUUUUUUUCCGGUUUCACUAUUUAUGACGAAAUAAUUGUUCUCGUACGAUUGAUAAAAAUGGCAUAAUUGAAUUAUUAAGUUGUAAGCAUGACCCAAUUUUUGUUACCGUUUUGACCAGGUCCAUUUUUAUGUAGUAAAGUGAUUAUAUUAUAUGUAAAA